AUGUUGAUCUUAGCCCUGGGAUUGAUUCUGCUCCUCCCCAGUUCAUUAUGGGCACUUAUUCCGGAACAAUGUGUACAGAAUGCAACUAAAGGGGACGCGAUUUGUUGCCCACAGGAUCCGCAUAAUGGCCUCGUCUGUGGCGGCCCACAUCGAGGAUAUUGUCAGAAAAUCUUCGCUCCCAAAGAACCGAUCCCUUCCAUAUUCCGAGUGGAUGACCGAUUGCAAUGGCCCGUCCGUUUUAUUAAGUACGCUUGCCAGUGCAAUGAUCGUUUCUAUGGUGUCGCGUGUGAGCAAUGUUGGUUUGGCUGGAAAGGUCCCAAUUGCGAUCAGCCGGAUUUCCGGAUUCGGCGAGAUAUCCGUAAGCUGUCCAAGCACGAUUUGCAUGUGUUCAUCGAUGUGAUGACUCGAAGUCAGACAUGGCCAUCACACUAUAUGGUUUUGGAUGAAUCGAAAAACGAACGUGUUGACCCGGUCAAGAAGCCCCGAUUCAUACCAGCCAGCGUGCAGUAUUACAUCACAUUUAUGCACUGUUACGGUUCCAGAACCACACUGUUCAGAGACAAGUACAAGUGUGACAACUAUGGAAUUCUGAAUUUCAAUCACGACGGGUCCACAUUUCCCACUUGGCAUCGAUAUUACUUAUUGGUCUGGGAGCGUAUGCUGGCCGAGAUCGCGUGGAAAGUUCACGGGAUUAAAGACUUCGCAAUGCCCUAUUGGGACUGGGUAGGACUGAAACAUUGUGACAUUUGUACGAAUGAGUUUAUCGGAGCCCCCGGGGUGACCGAUUCGGACGGGCAACGAAUCGAUUUUCAUCAUCCAUUUCAUAAUUUUACAAACUUUUGCUGGGAACCAGAAGUGGGUACGGCAUGCUACGGGUGCCAGAAAGGCGGUCGAUUUGGCAAAUUGGUGCGUCGAUUCACACGUGAAGAUUUUCCCGAUCAAGAAGAUAUAAAAUUUGUAAUGAGUUUGAAAGACUACUUCGUCCCCGGGGAACGAGACAACCCCAACUGUGUCUCUUUUCACAUGGCUUUGGAAGGAUUUUGCGGACGUCCAGGAACCGAUCCAUCUGUACUAUGGACUCAUAACAAGGUGCAUGUGAUGAUCAAUGGCAGCAUGGCCGGAACCGCUACUGCUAGCAACGAUCCAAUUUUUCUUCUACAUCACUCAUUUGUCGAUAAACUGUUCAACGUGAGUGCAAGUGAUACUAUACGCUGUGGUAGGAAGAGAUUUUCUAUUUCAUCUAAAAGCACCGUCUUUAUUGGUCAGACAGCUACCAAUCGUGUUUAUGCAAUGUCAAAUACACCCAAUCCAUGUAUCUUAAAUGCUCAGGAGAUCAAAUUUUAG